AUGACCAUCCCGGAGGAGGUGGACAUCAUCAUCUGUGGUGGUGGUAGCGCCGGCUGCGUACCAGCCGGCCGUUUAGCCAACCUCGACCAUAACCUCUCAGUUCUGUUGAUCGAGGCUGGUGAAGAUAACUUAAACAAUCCAUGGGUCUAUCGUCCCGGCAUCUACCCCCGGAACAUGAAGCUGGACUCUAAGACCGCUUCGUUCUAUCACUCUCGGCCAUCGGAGCACCUUGACGGUCGAAGGGCUAUUGUUCCAUGUGCGAAUGUCCUUGGAGGGGGGAGCUCGAUCAAUUUCAUGAUGUACACCCGGGCUUCUGCUUCGGACUACGAUGACUGGCAGGCAAAGGGCUGGCGUACAAAGGAGCUUUUGCCUUUGAUGAAGAAGCACGAGACAUAUCAGCGUGCGUGCAACAACAGGGAACUUCAUGGUUUCGAUGGCCCCAUCAAGGUGUCUUUCGGGAACUAUACGUAUCCUGUCAUGCAAGACUUCCUUCGUGCGGCGGAGUCUCUCGAUAUUCCGAUCACGGAUGACCUGCAAGAUUUGAAGACCGGACACGGCUCUGAGCACUGGCUGAAAUGGAUCAAUCGUGAUACUGGCCGUCGAAGUGACGCUGCUCACGCAUACGUCCACAGCACUCGAAGUAGACAUUCCAACCUACACUUAAAGUGCAACACCAAGGUGGACAAGGUCAUCAUCGAAGGCGGCAGGGCAGUCGGAGUCGCAACCAUCCCGACCAAGCCCUUAGACAACCGUAACCCGCCCCGCAAGAUCUUCAGGGCUCGCAAGCAGAUCAUUGUAAGCAGCGGUACUCUGGGCUCACCACUCGUUCUUCAAAGAUCUGGUAUCGGUGAUCCUGAGAAGCUCCGCGCAGUUGGGGUAGAGCCGAUCGUGGACCUGCCUGGCGUGGGCCGCAACUUCCAGGAUCACUAUCUUACUUUCUCUGUUUACCGGGCUAAGCCUGAAGUCGAGUCGUUUGAUGAUUUCAUCCGGGGAGAUCCUGAGGUUCAGAAGAAGGUCUACGAUGAGUGGAACCUGAAGGGCACUGGUCCCCUAGCCACGAAUGGCAUUGAUGCUGGUGUGAAGAUUAGACCAACUCAGCAGGAGUUGGAGGAGAUGAAGAUGUGGCCUACGUCUGACUUUGUGAAAGGAUGGGAGUCUUACUUCAAGGAUAAGCCGGACAAGCCUGUCAUGCAUUAUUCGAUCAUUUCUGGAUGGUUCGGUGACCACAUGCUCAUGCCACCGGGCAAGUUUUUCACCAUGUUCCAUUUCUUGGAAUACCCAUUCUCUCGUGGAUUUACCCACAUCCAGUCCCCAGAUCCAUAUGAGAACCCAGACUUCGAUGCCGGUUUCAUGAACGACAAGCGCGACAUGGCUCCUAUGGUCUGGGGCUACAUCAAGUCUCGGGAGACGGCCCGCCGGAUGAAUGCGUAUGCUGGAGAGGUGACUGGCAUGCACCCUCACUUUAAGUACAACUCUCCAGCUCGCGCAUUUGACCUUGAUCUUGCGACUACCAAUGCCUAUGCUGGACCGAAUCACUAUUCAGCUGGCAUUCAGCAUGGUUCCUGGUCCCACCCUCUGGAACCAGGAGAGCAGCCUGCGACAACCUUCCUCAACUCUCACAAGCAGGAGACUCGAGCACCGCUAAAAUAUAGUGCGGAUGACCUUGAGCAGAUUGAGAAAUGGGUGCAACGGCACGUCGAAACUACUUGGCACUCGCUGGGUACUUGCAGCAUGGCACCCAGAGAGGGCAACUCGAUCGUCAAACACGGUGUUGUCGACGAGCGCCUGAACGUCCACGGCGUGGAAGGUCUCAAAGUCUGUGAUCUAUCUAUUUGCCCGGAUAACGUGGGCUGCAAUACGUUUAGCACCGCUCUUCUCAUAGGCGAGAAAUGCGCGGUUCUCACUGCAGAGGACUUGGGCUAUUCAGGCCUUGCUUUGGAGAUGAGGGUGCCUACUUAUCAUGCCCCGGGAGAAAUCGUAAAUCUGGCACGCCUGUGA